AUGGAGUCUGUUGUUCGUCAAUCUGCAAGGGUUUGUCCCUUCAUGAAGUCUGCUACAGGGUCUGUGCAGAAUGUGAAGGCUUUGAAAAACGCCAACUUGCCAGCUAUUGCGCAAAAGUGUCCGUUUAUGGGUCGUGCUAUGGAGCAGCGUAGAGCAUAUGCGUCAGCAUCCGGGUCAGGAGCUGGGUCAGGAGCUGGUGCAGCAGCAGCGGCUUCUCCAGCAGCCGUUGAAGCGAGGAACGCAAGUACUGCUUCUGCAGAUGCUACUGUUUUGGACCAUGCUACCAAUGAAGCUUCCUUUGACUACCAAGGAUUAUUUGAGUCUGAGUUGGCCAGAAAGAGAAUGGACAAGUCGUAUCGUUACUUCAACAACAUCAACCGUUUGGCAAAGGAAUUCCCAAUGGCCCACAGACAACAAGAGGACGAUAAGGUCACUGUGUGGUGCUCCAACGAUUACUUGGCUCUUUCCAAGAACCAAGAAGUCAUCGAUGUGAUGAAGAAAAUUUUGGACAAGUACGGUGCAGGUGCUGGUGGGACCAGAAAUAUCGCAGGUCACAACAAGCACGCGUUGCAGCUAGAAGCAGAAAUCGCAGCCUUGCACAAAAAAGAGGGUGCGUUGGUGUUCUCCUCUUGUUUUGUCGCUAACGAUGCCGUCAUCUCGUUGCUCGGCCAGAAGAUUAAGGAUCUAGUCAUCUUUUCCGAUGAGCUGAACCAUGCCUCCAUGAUCGUGGGUAUUAAACACGCCUACACCAAGAAGCAUAUCUUCAAGCACAAUAACUUGGAAGAAUUGGAAAAAUUGCUAGCCAUGUACCCAAAGUCCACUCCGAAAUUAAUCGCCUUUGAAUCUGUUUACUCUAUGUCUGGGUCCGUCUCUGAUAUCAAUAAAAUUUGCGACUUGGCAGAAAAAUACGGUGCCUUGACUUUCUUGGAUGAAGUUCACGCAGUUGGUUUGUACGGUCCACAUGGUGCCGGUGUUGCAGAGCAUUGUAACUUUGAAGCUCACCGCAAAGCUGGUAUUGCAUCCCCAGAAUUCCGCACUGUCAUGGACCGUGUCGACAUGAUCACCGGUACCUUGGGUAAAUCUUUCGGUACUGUCGGUGGUUACGUUGCUGCUUCCUUAAAAUUAAUCGAUUGGCUCAGAUCUUACGCACCAGGAUUCAUCUUUACCACAUCUCUACCACCAUCCGUUAUGGCGGGUGCCGCAGAGGCUAUCAGAUACCAACGUUCUCACUUGGACCUAAGACAAGACCAACAAAAACAUACAACUUACGUCAAGGAGGGAUUAUCCGAUCUGGGUAUUCCAGUGAUGCCAAACCCAUCCCACAUUGUCCCAGUUUUGGUUGGUAACCCUCAUUUGGCUAAAGAGGCUUCGGAUAUCUUAAUGCAUAAACAUCGUAUCUACGUUCAAGCAAUCAACUUCCCAACGGUUUCCAGAGGUACCGAACGUUUAAGAAUUACUCCAACUCCUGGUCAUACUAAUGAUUUGUCUGACAUCUUGUUGGAUGCUAUGGAAGACGUUUGGUCAACCCUACAAUUACCAAGAGUUCGUGACUGGGAAGCCCAGGGCGGCUUAUUGGGUGUUGGUGAUCCAAACCACAGCCCUGAACCAAACUUGUGGACUGAAGAACAAUUAUCUUUGUCUAACGAUGACUUGAACCCAAAUGUCAAACAUCCAAUAAUAGAACAAUUGGAAGUUUCUUCUGGUAUUAGAUAUUGA